AUGAUGGCGGCCAGCGGCGGCGGCGGCGGCCCGGUGCGGCUGCGGCUGGUGUUCGACCACCCUCCGCCGGCCAGCCCGGGCUGCGCGCUGUGCUGGCUGCUGCUGGAGCCGGGCCAGGCGCGGCUCGUCACCGACCUGCUCAGCCUCAUCCGCCACCGCUUCGGCUUCAGCCGCCGCGCCCGCCUCAGCCUCUUCCUCGAGGGGGCGCUGCUGCCGCCCGCCGAGAGCGCGCGCCUCGUGCGGGACAACGACUCGCUGCGAGUAAAAUUGGAAGAGAUAGUUGCAGAUGAUUAUGAAGAGAUAGAUGAUGGCUUUAUUUACGCAACAAAAGAAGACAAAAAAAGGCACAGACACAAGGAGGAUGAGGAAGAGUUGUCUAGGAAUGAAGGCAAGCAUAAAAGGAAAAAGAAAAAGGAGAAGCACAACCUUGAGUAUUCCUCUUGUAGGGAAGAGACCUCUGUAGAUACUUGGGACUCUCAGAAAAGGUACAUGAAAAGAAAAAGAAAGGAAGAAGUUAGGGGAAGAAAUAAACUCACAGAAGGUAAGGAAGAGAGCUCUACUUCCCAUUCUAAAAAGAUGAAAAAAACAGAGAGGGAGAAGGAGUUGGCAACAAAAAAGAAGGAUGAAAAGCAGACAAAGGUUGCUGCAGCAAAGAUGGCUUUAGAACAGGCAAAUGAGAACUUUUCUCUAAAUUCUGGUAAAAAUAGCACCAAAAAGAUCACAACACAGUCCAGGAAAAAGAGGGUGGGACCUUCAGAUUCCUCCAGCACAUCGUCUGACAGUGACAGCAGUGAAUUAAAUGUGAAGGAAAAUAAAUCUUCCCAUAAACCUGUAGUGGUGACACUUCCCAAAGACAAAUCCCAAGCUGCUUCAGAUUCUGAUGUGAAAACUGAUAAAGUGACUGUAAAGUCUAACACUGAAAAGAUUAAGACUGCAAUUAGUAAAAAUACUAACAAACCUCAGUCUUCUAGUUCAGAUUCUGACUCGAGUACAGAGGAUGAGAAGGUGACACCAGCACAAGACAGCACUGCAAAGGAAAAAUCAGUGCCAAACCAUGUGGUGGCUGUAAAAGCCAGCACCAAGGCUCCCAAAGCACAGAGCUCCUCUUCAGACUCUGAUAGUUCAGAUUCAGAGACACUGGUCAUUAAAAAGUCUGCGGCAGCUGCUGGACUGGGUAAUUCCAUAGUAAGGAACUGCACUAGACAGUUGCCAGCCAGUGUGCAAGGAUCCUUUGGCAGCCCGAGCCGUGGAAGGGGGCGUGGAACGGGAGAGGAUCCCUUCUGGAGAGGCCCCAGGGGCCGUGGGUUUCGUGGGAUGAUGAGGGGCCAUGGGAGAGGAGCAAACCCUGGCUGCUUCUAUAACUACAGCAGUGAAGGCCACAAACAGAGGCAGUUAAAUGAAGCUGCGACAAACACUUCUGUCCUUGUCCAGAAUCCCGCGGAGUUUCCCAAGAGAGACUAUAGUGUGUUACCUCUUCUAGCUGCUCCACCCCAAGUGGGAGAAAGAAUUGCCUUUAAGCGCCUGGAACUAACUGAAAAUUACAGUCCUGAAAUUUCAGACUAUAAGGAGGCAAAAAUAAUCAGUUGGAAUGAUGAAAAAAAGCAGAUUGAACUGGAGAUCCUUUCAACAUCAGCAGGACAAUUUGCUAAGGAGCCAGGGAAGUUCGACCUGGUGUACCAGUCUGCAGACGGAGAGGAGCUGAUCGAGUACGCCGUGCCCCAGGACACCAAGAUAACUGAAAGCUGGGAUGCACUGAUAGAGCCAAGACUGAUUGUGGAGCCUCCAGUUAACGGAUCCAGCCUUGAAAAUGGAACAUCUAGGACGUGAAAAGAUGUGAACAAUUGUACAGAUCUGUUCUGUGAAAUGCUGCCUUCAGGUUCUGAGGGUGGCAGGUGCACUGGUGGAUGUUACUGUCUUAAGAAGAAGUAGGCCAAAAGAAAAACAGUUUUUUCCCUUAGGCUAUGUUUUUAUGUAAUACAUGAAAACUUUGUUUAUUAUAGGAAGUCUAAUAUAGUUCUGUUGGGGUUGAAUAUUUAUAUCCUACUGUAGCAAGCUGCAGAACUGGAAUGGUUUGAUUAAAAGAUAAAACACAACCCUGUACUGUGAGUAACUGUUUAAAUGUCUGGGUUUGGCUAGAGCUGUAUAACUGCCAGAGGUCACUUUCAUUUAGAAAAUUAUUAUAAAUAUUGUUGCUGCUGCCACAGGAUACAAAUGCUGUGACUUUGCAGUUACUUAAAGAGUGCACCUAAACACAUCCAGAAAAGCCUGUGGAUUUCAAGCUUCUGUAAUUUUGAGGCAGAUAAAUACUACUGGUAAGUGUCAACUUUGUUUAGGACCAGUGGAAUCUGACAUGAACCCCUGGCACAAUUGUGUCCCCCUGUGUUAAUCCAUGUAGGCUCUGAAAGCCUUUGUUGUUGGUUUCAGAGCAAACCUUCUUGCCCUUAAAGUGCUGAAGUUUCUGUGUUGCCUUUCUUCCCUUUCCAGCAGCAGAAUGGGUCAGCAGGUGCUGGCAAGGCACUGCACUGACAGCUCUAAUAAUUAUUAGCAUUGAGGGGGCACCAUGUUCCUCUGGAGCCUUGGCAAGUCUUACACUUCCAGAUAAUCCCUGUGCUUGGUACUUGAGUCCUACAGAGAAGACAUGGGAGAAAACAAACCCUAGGUACAAACAAACACCUGAAAAUUUGUACAUUAAGGUUUAGCUGUCAUGUACUCUGACCUAGUGCAUGAAUCCAUUAAAGUACUGUGCAUUUUUGCAUCAGCCCUACUAAAAUGUCUUGUUUGUGAAGGAAUUGUUUUAUACAAGUAAAAGGAAUUUGUGUUUUGUGGUUUACUUCAGAUACCAUUAUUGUUCACUUCAGAUACCAUUAUUUCAUGCUAGGAUUUGUUUUUUUAGAGAAAAGUUCAGUUAGAUUUGUGUGGCUGUUCUUGCAGUCUGGAUGAAAAGAAGAUGCCAGACAGGAACACAGUCAUGCUCAGACAGUGGGGAUUAAUGGAAGGAUUGUUUUCCUAGGGAAAUUGUUACUUGUUAAUUCUUAGGAAGUUGCAAAAGCUAAAUGCAAGUGUUUCACAGUACCUCUUGUUCCAUUGCCUACUGUGCAUUUUUGGCAUUAAUUAAAUGGAUGCAGAGUCA